GAUCUCCCUUGGGUUUUCUUCCUCUGUUAUCGCCCCCUCUCAAUAAGCCAAGUGGCACUUGACUUAGUUGUACUGUUGUACUUGGUGUGCAAAAGCCUGCGACAACAUUCUCCAGUGUUCGCCUGAGGUCGAGCCCAUACCUAAUCGCUCGGCGCGCCGGAUCUCCGCAGCCUCGCGAACUUGGCACGAUUCGAAAGAUGAAAGCGGCAGCCGUACUGGCUGUCGGCGCAUACCUUACCUGUUCGGUCGGUGCAAAAAAUCCUGGAGGAAUAGUGCAAUGGGGCAUUGAGAGGAAACAGGCGCCGCCAAAGGGGUUGUACAAGCGAGCAUCCACGUACGAGGAGAUCAUUACCAACGAGCUGCAGCGGGGUGGUUAUUUCGCGACCUGUUCAGUUGGCACCCCCGGCCAGAACUUGACCCUUCAGCUGGACACUGGCAGCAGUGACACAUGGGUUCCAGACUCGGAUGCAGAGGUUUGCCACGAUACUCAAAAUAACCCCCAAGGUUGCACCUUUGGAACCUUCGACUCGAGCCUCUCAACGUCAUUCAAAACUGUCGGCUCCGACAAGUUUGACAUUGGGUAUGUUGACGGGACCUAUUCGAAAGGCGACUAUUUCACCGAUGCUUUCGAGAUUGGCGGAGCCACCGUUGGGAAUGUCACCAUGGGUCUGGGACUCGACACAGAUAUUUCCUAUGGACUGGUGGGGAUUGGAUAUGCUCUGAAUGAGGCUAUCGUUGGUGGUGCGAAGUCGGUGUACCCCAACUUGCCCGUCACCAUGAUGAACGAGGGCUUGAUCAACACCAUCGCCUACAGUUUGUGGCUGAACGACCUGGAUGCGGCCACGGGCAAUAUCCUUUUCGGGGGUAUUGACACAAAGAAAUAUGUCGGCGACUUGACCCGCAUCAAUAUCUCCCCAGACAGCCAAACCGGGCUUCACAACUCCUUCCUCGUCCCACUCACCUCGCUCCACGCCGUUAGCCCCAGUGGAAACGAUACGCUUGCUUCGCGUCAAUUUCCGAUUCCCGUGGUUCUCGACUCUGGAACCACCCUCUCCUACCUUCCUACCGACAUUGCCAUGCAGAUCUGGAACGAGGUGGGCGCCAUUUACUCCCGCGACAUGGACCUGGCUCUCAUCCCUUGCAGCAUGGCAAGCAGCAAGGGAUACUUCUCGUUCGGCUUCGCCGGUCCCGACGGGCCCGAGAUCCACGUCAAGAUGGACGAGCUCGUCUUAGAUUUGACGUCCGGCCCCCCGCUGAACUUCGCCUCGGGGCCUUAUCGCGGUCAGGCGGCCUGCGAGUUCGGCAUCCAGAACUUCAGCCGCGACCCAUUCCUCUUAGGCGACACCUUCCUGAGGUCGGCGUACGUAGUCUAUGACCUGGUCAACCACCAGAUCGGCAUCGCGGCCACCGACUUCAACGCCACCGACUCGGAGAUCGUGCCCUUCCCCAGCCUCUCGGCGCACAUCCCCAGCGCCACGGCCGCGCGGAACCAGGGCCAGGUCACCGCUAGACCGUCGGUCACUAUGCCGACGUACGCGGCCCUCGACGGGUUCAGGGAUUCCACGACGGCGGCGGCGGGUGGCGAUGGUGGCGGUGGGAGCGGUAGUACCGGGGGUUCGAAGAACGCGGGCGCACUGCUGGAGCCAUUCGGCUUUACACACCUCGCUGUGCUGAGUGUUGUAAUGGGCUCUGUAGUGGCCGGCUCGGGUUUAUUCCUCCUGUUCUGAGAAUUUGGCAGGUGCGGAGCUCAUGAAAGGGUUGGCUUGAUAUGUUAGUAGGAAGGUCGGUACUGAGCGUUAGUGAUGGCUGUUGGAGGUUAUACCCA